UUGCAAACUUAACGACGUUGAAUUUUGUUGUUCUUUGACGAAUGCGUGGUUCUUUACGGCAAAAAUGCUAUAUUUUACCUAAAAUGUAAACGAAUAAUAAAUUGAAAAUGGGACGAAGCAAGUUUCCAGGAAAGCCUUCAAAACACUGCCAUAAAAAAAGGAUAAACGUGCUUCCUCCAACGGGAGAAUUAAAUCAGGAAGGCGAUAGUUCCUCAGUGACAGUUAUUGGAGCUUCUAAAGAAAAUAAACAGGAAGACGUUCUUUCCGGAAAUGAAGGUGAAAGUAAGCCCCAAACACAGAAGGCAAGGCCUCUUAGAAGGCGUCUGUCCAGAAAACUUAGUACAACAAUUCGAACAAAUGGGCGUCAGAGAAAUUUUAUAUCGAAAAUUCGUGGAAAAGCCGCCCUAAAAAACAACCGAACCGCCAGAAAUAACCUUGCAAAGGGCCACGCUCGAAAGGAAACAACAAACUUUGCAGGAAAGUUUGUACUUCCCAAACGAAGUGUACAUUCAUCCAGAGUGAUCAAACCCAACAAAAGGUUUAUAGAUUUAAAUGAAACUCUGAGUAUUAAAAAGAAGGGCUUAGCUAAGCGAGCCAUCAAACAAUCGGAAGAUCAAAGUAAUACUUCAGAGUCGGAUGCAAAGGACACGUUAGCGUUCUCAAAUGGCCACAGAGUUAUAUUGCGACAGGCGAGAUUGAAACUACCUAACCAAGUGAGCACGCAGGGCCCUUUUUCGUCUAACCUGCAUAAUGGGCCCGGUACAAUUAUUUGUGGAGUGUGCGGUGCUGUGCGUUACUAUCGGUUUGUGAAACAAGCCCGGAAAUUCAACAUUUAUAGCUGUGAGUCGUGCAGAAAAUUUAUAGCUAAACAAAUUAAGAGGCAAAAUGUGGGUUCUCAAAACUCCAGUGUUCUAAUUUGCAUUGUGGGACAAGGAACGUGCUACGUACCACCAGUAGAACGAAGUCAACACUGGAAAAUAUCCAAAUGUGCUUACAGAUCACGCUGCCCGGCAUGCUGGCUCAAAAUGUGUCUAAAAGCCUACCAUCUACCUUUAACAUUAAAGCAGAAUCUCACACAAUUGCUUCCGAAGAACAUGAGAGGUUUGGAUUUUUCGUUUAGCAAUUCGUUACCUCCCAUUUUGUGGCAAAGAAACGUUCAAAGUCCUCUCGGACAAACAGAAACAGUUGUGAAGCAAAGACCUGUUAGAUUUAAGCCUCCACAGAAAUCUCAAAUCAGUAUUCCACCAGUCACAUCCGAUGUUAAAAGACAGAAGAUUGACUUGAAAGGUCCAAGGGUGAAACAUGUGUGUAGAAGUGCCUCAAUAGUCCUGGGACAACCGCUUGCCAUGUUUGGGGUUGAUACGAGUGUUAAGAAAACUACUGUUGACUCUUCAGACCUACUGAUCGAAAGAAAUGCUAGUAACGACGCCUUAAAAGUAAAUGAUCUAUGUAAGUUCGAUUUUCCCAGCAUAACUGAUGAAGAUAUUUCAUCAAAUAGUGGCAGCUGUAAGAGCUUUUAUGAGAAAUCGAUUAUGCCGAAGAAAGAGAGAACCAAAAGUCUCCCAAUUCCAAGUAUUAAACAGCCUAGUAUUAUGUCUGCAUCAGCUCAAAAAGGCAUCAUUUUGAACAACUCUCACGAGCUAAAUUUAGAAAAUAGAUUUAACGUAGGAUUCUCUCUGGUAACAACGAAAGAAAUAUCCACAAGUGCCAUGUGUUUUGUCUGCGGUAGUGCAGGAUUAGACAACAUGUUGGUUUGUUGCAUUUGCUGCGAGCCGUAUCACAUUUUCUGCAUGGAAGAGAUUAGAGCACCUAUUAUCUCAAAAAAGGAUUGGGUAUGCAUUCAAUGCACACCUUGCCAGGAAUGUCAACAAGUGGACAAGAUAAAAGUGAGCUGCCCAAAAUGCCUUAAGCUUUAUCACAGUGACUGUUUGACAAGCCAAAAUGAUGAUAACUCUCCUAACAUGAUUUGUAAGGAUUGCACUAAGUGUCAGGACUGUGGUACGCCGACAGCGUACAAUCUUUCCAGUUUCCCAGGCAAUAUGCCUUUAUGCCUCAACUGCUUAGACAAGAAGCGAAUUGGGAAGCAUUGUCCAAUAUGCCAGCAUUCGUUUGAAGAGAAUAGCCUUACUAAAAUGUUGGAAUGUUCAAAAUGCAAACGAUGGGUUCAUGCUGACUGCGAAAAAUUAACGAGUGAACAAUAUGACAUUUUAAAGUUGCUACCGGUUUCAGCAAAUUUCAGCUGUAGUCAAUGCUUGGGUGACGACAGCAAUGUGUGGCAUAAGGCGGUGCAAUCUGAAAUGCACAGGUGCUUUAGGCAAGUACUCAAAUUGCUAGUCAAAAACAAGCCUGUUAAAAACAUUCUAAAAAGGAUUGGCUUUAAAGGAUCAUCAUUUCGUAAAUUUAUGGCUACAAAAAGUCUCGAUAUUGAUAAUAAUAAUUACAAUAAGAACGUUGAUCAAAUUUAUUCAUUUGACGAAAGCGAGAAGCAGCUGGUAAGCAGCAGCUGCUCAGUAAAUACUCUGCUUGACAUCAAAUGCAGGCUAUGCGAAUAUAGCUCGGUGAAGAGAUUUGACCAAGACAUGCAAGACGCUUUAAGAGUGUAUGAUUCUGAACAAGUCGUCUUAUCGUAUAGAAGUAUAUUUGAGAGCGUUUUUCCUUGGUUUUCGCCAUUGCAUAAAGCAGCUGAGAACGUACCUUUGUUACCUUACCGACACCUAACAUGUGAAAGUUCGCAACUUCUGCCGAAUAACGCUAUUUUUCCCAAGAAGGAGCUGGAUAACAGAAUGUGCAAGCUUUGUCAGAAUACCGGUGACGGCUUAAGUAAUCAAGAGUCCAGAUUAUUGUACUGUGGAAAUAAUAGUUGGGUUCAUGCAAACUGUGCAUAUUGGUCAACGAAUGUCUUCGAGCAGAUGGACAAUCAGUUACAAAACGUGAUAGAUACAAUAGAAAGUUCUAAAAGUACGCAAUGUUCAAUAUGUGGCAAGUUUGGGGCCAGUAUUCAGUGUCAUUUAUGCAGAUCUUCCAGUUAUCACUUUAUGUGUGCCAGAAAAGCAGACUUUCGUUUUAGAAUUCUGGAUAAAGCGAGCUUUUGUUCUAAACACCAGCUAGAGAAAUCGAAUUAUUUUCUGAAUACUGAGGAUUUUGAAGUAAAUCGUGCUUUGUUUAUUGAACAACAUCCAAAAGAAGCAAUCAGAUGUGAUCCCGAGAAAGUGACCUGCCUAAUUGGUUCUUUGUGUAUAACGAACCUGGGAAAAAUCGAACCUAUAUUAUCUGACACCGCCGAUGCAAUUAUCCCUACGGGAUUCAUCUGCACGCGGCUAUUUUGGUCUACUAAGGAACCGUGGAAGUUAGUUUCAUACAUCAUAACGACUUCGAUACAAAAUCCUAAUUGUACCAUCGUGACAGUAGACAAAAAUUUCACUAUAGAUCAUUCCCUCGAACAAAUCAAGAUUGAUCAGGCAAUGAAAGAGUUAAACGACUGGAGACGCAUCUGUGACAAAAAAUCGGAUGAGUUAGAGUCGGAAGAUGAAGAAGAAAAGAACGGAACAGAGUUGCUGUCACCGGAGCUGACUGAUACCAUCCUCGAGGAGUUGCCUCAUGAUAUUCUUGAUGGAAUCUUGGUUCAAGACAUUUUUUCUAACUUUAGUUAUGAAGAUAUGCUCAACUUGGAUAACAGCAAUACGGAAAGCAUUACAGAGUCUCUUAAAAAACCAGACGAUGAAGACUCAUGUGCUGAAACAUCUGAUUUUCGAUCGGCGGGAAAAGAAUUAGUUCGACCUAGAAUACCGCCAUUGAGCCUUACCGUAAGUUACAAAGUAGACAGCAGUCAUCCUUCGCCUCCAAAAAAGCGUAAGAUAUCCAAAGAGACACCGGCCAACUUACUGCUGCUUCAAGUCGAUGGUGCGUUUGAUGACAGCUCAAGUGAAUGCGGUUCUCCCAUUGGAACUGACACUAUCGAUGCUUGGGGUCCAAUUUCAGAGGAGCCAGUUACUUGUGAAAAAUGCCAGUGCACAUAUAGAACGCAAGCGAGCUACAAACGCCACUUGGACUCGUGCGAGGUGCUCUGUACAAGUGAGAGUGAUUCCGAAAAUAUGGCGGACUUCGAUUCGCAUAUCCAUUGUGAGGAAGAAACGACUAUAGUUGUCUCCCAGCCAAUUGAAGUCUCCCAACCAACGCAACCCGUUCUGAUCCAGGCGUUUGAGUCUUACCAAAGUCAAGUUCACACGUCUGUAGUCAAUAUUCCAGUUCCAGAACCAACGCCAGCACCUCCACUUGUUCCGUCGCAGCAAAUUUCGGUACAGCCCACAAUCACUAUAACAGACCCAGCUCCAAUUUCUAUUUCGGUUCCCCUUUGUGUGGCUCCCUCCAUGACGCCUCAAAUCGUUCAGCCGUCCAUAGACUUUCAACAGCAGCAAGCGCAUCCGAUGGCUUUGCAGCCGAUGCAACAAGUAUUGGUGCAAAGAACCCAAUCAGCUCGCAGGGAGCCGAUGGUUAUCCAGCAAAUGCCACCUGCAACAACAUCCGGUUUUGUUCCAUUUGUUGAUACAUUUGCACAACCCCAAGCCAAUCAGAGUGUACAGUACGUGCAGCUGGCACCACAAGUGCAAUCGCAGCCUCAAUUGUUGCAAAUACGGCCGGAUGGAAGCGUUGUUGGAAUCCUUCCAAGCAUACAGCCAACAACUGUUAUUGUUCAACAGCCACAACAGCUGGUCUUAGACAGCAGUGGUACUUUUGGUUGGGCUCAGCAACCUCAACCGCAGAUUUAUUAUGGCUUUGAGACGAUUGUACAAAAUACUGUGAUGCAGAGCCAACAGUUCCUUCCUACGCCAGUUCCUGGUGUGUUAACAGCCAAUAGUAGCUACAGCACGACCACUCAGGUCUUCCAAACCAGUAAACUUGAGCCGGUACUUGAUGUUUCUUCCAAUAGUUUUGUACUGGUUAAUUCUUCAGGGCAAUUGGAAAUUCCUCAGCAGUUUUCCCAAGGGCAGCCAGCCACUGUUGUUACUUCCCAAACCCCAACACUUAUUUAUUCUUCUCAACCGUCCACCACUCAAAAGUCUCUCACUACAGCGGCACAAAACUGCAUCAAUUUGCCGACGGCACCUUUUGUAUCAGAUCAGAAUAUUCCAAUGAAUGUGGUUCCUCCAAUACCAAAACCUCCGACGUCACACGGAAGGCCUAUGAGCAGAGUAUUACCGAUGCCUACCAAUGCUAUUCGGGCUUCAAGAAAGAUCGCCGAUGCUACUAAGUUGUUCCCUGAAGUGGAGAAGCCAUCUCAAAUCAAAAUGGAUGACAAAUUUGUGUUCCCCAAAGAUCUGAUGAAAAUCAUUGACACGCCGAAGGCCAGAAAUAGAAAGUUUGAAAUUUUAGACUACAAAAUUAUCAAAGCUCAGUCUAAGUUGGAAGAGUGCAAAGUGUUUUCAGUCGAAGACAACCCGCUCAGAGAUUUUGAACCUAGCGAAAAAUUUUGCAAACUGUCUACCUACGAGCCCUUGAAAGAAGUUGAAAAGGUUCAAAUGGAAAUAUUUGAAAAGCCCUUGAAGUCAGCUAAGUUUGAUAGUUUUAAAUCCAACCACUUCAACAAAACCGAAAGUGUGCAAAAGAGGACACGAAUGGAUAUAGUAGCGAUAAACAAAAACUCGAACAUAGAAGUAAUUCCACCGCGCCACCAGAUCGAUCAGUGUUUUCACGAACUAGAGAAGAGGUUUAAGAUUAUUAACAACAUUAAGGAAGCACAUCUCCCUGUAGAAAAUGUCGCGAAAAAAUUAGAGCCCUAUUUGGAGAAAUCAAGCCUCCUUGCACCAUCCAAGAAAACGGCCAACUUUUGCCUAAAAAAUAAUGGCAAUACCAGAGCUUUGUCAAACGUUGACAAAAGCCAAAAGCUCAAUAUGGUCCCCCCACUUGAAGCUCUACCAAAGCAGACAUUUAUAGACAAUGCAAUUCAAUCAAACGUAGCACGAGUGCACCAGAAUGCGGACAUAUUCAUCACUGGUGCGGAAGUAACACAAGAUAAACUACUUGACAUGCCUCAACUCGAUGAUCUUUUAAAAGUGGAAAAGCCUGAGGUUUCAGAUUCAAAGCCACUAGAAAAUCAAUCGCUUUCAUUUUUUGAUAUUCAACCCGAGGAAACAGUUGCAGCCCACAUCGGCAGGCAGCAUGCGCCUCUGCUCUCUGUAAAGCCUCAGUUAAUUCAGUCGCCUCUUAAACAGGAGAAGGAAACACUGAAGUCCAUAGAGGGGAAAGCGAACAAUAUUCCAGAACCAAAACAAACUCCACGAAAGGAAACGGAACCCACGGGGGCUCCAUCCAUAGUCUACACUAUGGAAAACAAAGAAGGCUUUCGGUACUCUUCGACAUCCAUUUCCGAUUGCUGGGCCAAAGUACUGGAAGCUGUGCAGUUGGCUCGAGCUGCUCAUAAUAUGCCUCCGCUUCCCACUGAUGGCAAACAGAUGAAAUCCGUCCAGAUAACAGGUUUAAAGUCCAGUCACGUGAAGUAUCUGGUAGAGCAAUUACCUGGCGCCUCCAAGUGCGUUAAGUACAAGCCUCUGUACAAGUUCACCCCGCAUCCGUAUGAUACUGCUGAAUUGUGUUCUCAUGGAUUUGGAGCUGUUCGCUGUCAGCCACACGAAACCGGCAACUCUGACCCCUACGAUAUGUUUAGUUGGCUGUCUUCCAAGCACAGAGGACCUUUUACGUCGCUGGGCUCUCAAGCUGUUCAGUCCAGAAGAGUGAACAAUUUCCCCAUGGCAAUGAAGUUUAAAAACCUGAAACUGACAUCAAGAUACUCUGUCGGUGUUUACAGAUCACGAAUUCACGGAAAGGGUUUGUUUUGCUUGAGAGACAUCGAACCAGGCGAGAUGGUCAUCGAAUAUGCAGGAGAGGUGAUAAGGUCAAUACUAACCGAUAAACGCGAAAAGUUCUACAAUUCCAAAGGAAUUGGUUGCUACAUGUUCAGGGUUGACGACAAUUUUGUGGUUGAUGCCACAAUGAAGGGUAAUGCCGCCAGAUUUAUCAACCAUUCAUGUGAUCCUAACUGUUAUUCGAAAGUUGUGGAAAUCGUUGGUCAUAAGCACAUCAUAAUCUUCGCUCUAAGAAGAAUCCUCAGUGGCGAGGAAUUGACUUAUGACUAUAAGUUUCCAUUCGAAGAAGAUAAGAUACCAUGCACCUGUGGGGCCAAGCGAUGUCGUAAAUUUCUUAAUUAACAAUUAAGGUAGAGUGAAGUGGGUUCGAUAGUUUUGCAACCACAUGUAGUCAAUUGAGUUUUAAUUCAAAAGUCCAUUUUUACUGCUUUGUUUAUUUAUAUAUAAACAAUGUUUCUGGGGUUCAGUUAU